GCGGCGGCCUGCUCGCUGGCGUCGGGGGCGUGGCCCAGCGGGGCGUGGCCCGACCGAGGCCUGCGCAGGCAGCGCGGGCGUGUGCCAGCGCAGGACGCGGUCGCCUGGCAGGGGGCGCCUGCGCCUGCGCCCGGCGUCUUCCCAGGCGGCGCUUGUGCCGCCCUGCCCGAGGAGGAGCAGCAGCAGCAGCAGCAGGCGGAGGACGACUUCGAGGACGAGGAAAAGAAUCGGGGAACCGAAAGCUGCUGCCGCUGCAUUGACGCGAGGACGCGGAAAAGAAUCGAGGAACCGAAAGCAG